AUGAUCAGCUCGGUGUGUGUCUCCUCCUACCGCGGGCGCAAGUCGGGGAACAAGCCUCCGUCCAAAACAUGUCUGAAGGAGGAGAUGGCCAAGGGCGAGGCGUCGGAGAAGAUCAUCAUCAACGUGGGCGGCACGCGACAUGAGACCUACCGCAGCACCCUGCGCACUCUACCGGGCACCCGCCUUGCCUGGCUGGCGGAUCCCGACGGCGGGGGUCGGCAGGAGUCGGAUGGCGGCGGUGCAGGCAGCAGCGGCAGCAACGGUGGCGGGGGCUGUGAGUUCUUCUUUGAUCGGCACCCGGGUGUUUUUGCCUAUGUGCUCAACUACUACCGUACCGGUAAGCUGCACUGCCCCGCCGACGUCUGUGGGCCUCUCUUCGAGGAAGAGCUCACCUUCUGGGGUAUUGAUGAAACUGAUGUGGAGCCUUGCUGCUGGAUGACCUAUAGGCAGCACCGCGAUGCUGAGGAGGCACUGGACAUCUUCGAGAGCCCGGACGGGGGCGGGGGUGGCGCAGGGCCCAGCGAUGAGGCUGGCGACGAUGAGCGGGAGUUGGCCUUGCAGCGUCUGGGCCCCCAUGAGGGAGGCGCGGGCUCUGGUGCUGGAUCCGGGGGCUGCCGUGGCUGGCAGCCCCGAAUGUGGGCGCUCUUCGAGGAUCCCUACUCAUCCCGGGCAGCCAGGGUGGUAGCCUUUGCCUCUCUCUUCUUCAUCCUGGUCUCCAUUACCACCUUCUGCCUGGAGACCCACGAGGCCUUCAACAUUGACCGCAACGUGACAGAGAUCCACCGGGUAGGGAACAUCACCAGCGUGCGCUUCCGGCGGGAGGUAGAAACAGAGCCCAUCCUUACUUACAUCGAGGGUGUGUGCGUGAUGUGGUUCACUCUAGAGUUCCUGGUUCGCAUUGUGUGCUGCCCAGACACACUGGACUUUGUCAAGAACCUGCUCAACAUCAUCGACUUUGUGGCCAUCUUGCCCUUCUACCUGGAGGUGGGACUGAGUGGCCUGUCAUCCAAGGCAGCUCGGGAUGUGCUGGGUUUCCUGCGCGUGGUGCGCUUUGUACGCAUCCUGCGCAUCUUCAAGCUCACGCGCCACUUUGUGGGGCUGCGUGUGCUGGGCCACACACUCCGAGCCAGCACCAAUGAGUUCCUGUUGCUUAUCAUCUUCCUGGCCCUGGGUGUGCUCAUCUUUGCUACCAUGAUCUAUUAUGCUGAACGAAUUGGGGCCAGGCCAUCUGACCCACGGGGCAACGACCACACCGACUUCAAGAACAUCCCCAUUGGCUUCUGGUGGGCCGUGGUCACCAUGACAACACUUGGCUAUGGGGACAUGUACCCGAAGACGUGGUCAGGAAUGCUGGUCGGGGCCCUGUGCGCACUGGCUGGUGUGCUAACCAUUGCCAUGCCCGUGCCUGUCAUCGUCAACAAUUUUGGUAUGUACUACUCCCUGGCUAUGGCCAAGCAGAAGCUGCCCAAGAAGCGAAAGAAGCACGUACCGCGGCCAGCCCAGCUCGAGUCACCCAUGUACUGCAAGUCUGAGGAAACUUCGCCCCGGGACAGCACCUAUAGUGACACCAGCCCCCCUGCCCGGGAAGAGGGUAUGGUUGAGAGGAAACGGGCAGACUCUAAGCAGAAUGGUGACGCUAAUGCGGUGCUGUCUGAUGAGGAGGGAGCUGGCCUCACCCAGCCCCUGGCCUCGGCCCCCACCCCUGAAGAGCGUCGGGCCCUGCGACGCUCGGGCACACGAGACAGAAACAAGAAAGCAGCUGCCUGCUUCCUGCUCAGUGCUGGGGACUAUGCCUGUGCCGAUGGCAGUGUCCGAAAAGAGACCUGCCAAGACGCCCUCUCGUCCAACUAUGCCCACGCUGAAGUCCUCACCCUCUCUUAA